UGGUGGAUAUUCAGAAGUAUGCAAUGUUUCACAGUCAUUAUACAUUUAAAGCAGGAUAUUAAAUCAUUACAAUAUUUUCAGUUACUCGGUUUCGCAUUUUGAAUUAUGGCGUCGUCAUACUGACUCAUCUGCUUGUGUGUAAAACUUGUGUUACUUGCGAAGUGUGCAACUCAGCAGAUGUGAAAUGUACCGUGUCUGGCGGAUUAAUGCAGACUCUACUAUUUUUUGUCGGUUUUGAGACAAAAUAUGACACUUUAGUUCACCGCAGAUACAGCAACAAGCCAAAACAAAAAAAACAACACAGUGCUUCAGAAAUUACUCCUAAAAACAUAACCACUCGCGUUCAACUCUCAUCUCAAUCUAUACUGCCCUGACCCCAGAUCAUUAACUGCUGUCAAGAUGUUUUUUUCCUGUUAACAUACCUAAUGACACUAACUGUGCGGACACCAUUGUCAUUUCAACCGGUUGGUGAUGGUUAGGUUUAUUCUGGAUUUAUUGCGAUCGGCCACAUAUUUGAAUAACAUAUUUGUUUAUUGUAAAAUUAAAGGAAAAUAAUUAAGGGCGGGGCAAGAUAUUCGUAGAAAAGGCUCAGGUACUAGAGGCUGUGGUUUGAAUAGGUUAGUAAUUAACAACAGUACAAAAACUGUAUUUUUAAUUUAACAAAAGUGAACAAUAACACAUGGAAAACAACCAGUCUUGCGCAGAGGAUGAUCUUCGUACUUCAAAACAGCUUUCAGCUCCGGACACCAGUGACACCAGCCCUCCUGAAAGGCUGGGGGAUGACAAAGAGACAGACGUGAAGGAACGCCUGUUCAACAGCCUCCUGAAAACAGCCCUGCUUUCCAGGCUGAUGGACAAAGAGGUCAAAGGCAGAGAGAAGACCAAGGACGACCGGGGCGAGGGGAGGAAGCAGAAGAAGGUCCUGACAAUGGCAGUAGUGGUGGGGGAGCAGAACAUUGGCACAGAGAGCGAAGGUUUGGAGUGGAUGCCUGUCUUUGGAGCCCUGCUGGAGGAGUGUGCCCAGAGGACUAUGCUGUGUGAUGGGGUUCGCCUACCUGCUGUGUUCCGGGACUGUGUGCACCAUAUUGAGGCCAACGGCCUCCACCGGGAAGGGAUCUACAGAGUAUCUGGGCUAAAGAGCAGGGUGGAGAACUUGAUGCUGCAGUAUGACCGGGGGGGGAGGCCGCCCCUUUACGAGAUGGACUACAACUCGGUGGCCUGCCUGCUGAAGCGCUACCUGCGCGAGCUGCCUGAGAGUCUGUUCACUGCUGAGCUGCUGCCCCACUUUGAGAAAGCUGCUUCUGACUGCUGGUGCCAAUACCGCGCCGGGGAGGACGAGGCGGUUCUCACACUCCAGACUCUGCUGGCGGAGCUGCCCGAGACACGCCACUGCCUCCUGUCCUGGCUGGCUGUGCAUCUCCACCACGUCAUCCUGAACGAGGACAAGAACAAGAUGAAUGUCCACAAUAUCUGCAUCAUCUUCAGCCCCACACUAAAGGUAAGCCAAGCCCUCCUUCACGUGCUGCUGAGCCACGUAGAAGAGCUGUUUGGAGAUGUGUCCAUGCAGCCAGUGGUGAGGCCUCUUCAGUGGUCAGAGCUGUCAUCCAACCCAGAGCUGCUGCACACUCUGGAGAACCCCGAGGAGGAAAUCAGUAGACAGGAGUUCCUGUUGAAUCGGCUCCACUCAGACCUCAGUGCUGGUGUGAAGGAUCCCGUCAAGGAGGAGAAGCUUUGGGAAGUGCAGCGGAUUCUCACCUUGCUGAGGAGGAGGGGAAGGAUGAGGAGUUCAGAGGAAAGUCAGUUGCUGGUCCAGCAAAGGGAUCUACUGAGGGAGGAGAAUCAUCCAGCCCAAGAGAUUUCAAAGGAGGAGACAGAGGAGACAUUGGAGACUGGCAUUCAUUUAAUAGCUUGGAAGAGAAUCAACAGCUGGCCACUCAGAUAACAGAAGAGAUGGAGGUCAUAGGUCAGCUUAAAGGGCAGAUUAACCUGCUCCAUCUUCAAGCAAUCCAUGAACCUGCGGCAUUACAAUAGAAAAAGGA